AUGAAUCCGUUCAGCAGAUCGCGCAAACGCGCAGCGGACAGGACUAUCGAGAUGAGAGCCCUGGGGGAAGCGCCCCCGACAACAUCUUCCCCUCACGAUGGAACAGCAUACGUAACCACCGACUACAAUGUCCCGGAGACCGCGUUUUUUAAGGCCGCCUCAGAACAAGGCAUGCGCCACGUAUCGUCAGUCGACUCGCUCGCCCAGCCGCCACGGCCCUCCCGGCCCUUGUCCUCCCACUUCAAGGCCUGGGCUGCCGAGGCGGGCGAAAUUCUGCUAGCCAUUGGGCUCUUCGUCGCACUUGUCAUCAUACUCGACACAUACAAUGGCAAAAGACUCCCACAAUGGCCCCUGGGCCUGACCCUCAACACCAUCGUCGCCCUCCUCGCCACGCUGUGUCGCUCCAUCAUCAUCCUGCCCGUCGCGGAGGGCAUCUCGCAGUUCAAGUGGAACUGGUUCGUGACCGGCAAGAGACCCAUCAAGGACCUCCUCAUCUUUGACCAAGCCAGCCGAGGGCCCUGGGGCUCCCUCCGCUUGUUGUUUCGCCUGCACGGACGACUCUUGCCGCUGAGCCACGUGGCGGCCCUGGUCCUGGUCUCUGGUCUCGCAACGUCCUUUCUCACGCAGUCUGCCGUGUCGUACGAGUCGCGACUCGCCGUCAGCGACAAGAGCGGCCGCGCGACGGUCAGGAGAGCCAGUGUGUAUCCAUCGACGACGGGCGAGGGGGACAGCAGCGGCGAUCUCGAGGUGCUCAAGCGUACGGCUCUGCAGGCGACUUUUCUGCAUGUCGAUGACCACUGGCCGGUCCCUGAGCCGACCUGCCCCAGCGGUAAUUGCGAUUACCCCGUGUACCACUCUCUCGGGCUUCACGCUUUCCUUCUCAACGGCACAGUGUUCCUGGAGGACCUGGUGCUCGCGGAUUUCGAUAUGUCCAAGACCGUCAACGCGACGUCCCCGGAGCCCCUUGAGCCCACACUCGACGUACCUGACGCGUCGGGCAUGUCCGACGAGGAAGUGUCUGACGCAAUCGACAAGGCCAUGAAGGAGAUCACAUGGCCCCGUGAGAGGAACUCGGUGGCAGGGUGGAAGAAUCCUGACCUGCUGCCUGCGACUAUUUCACAAUUCUUCUUCAUCUGGAAUAACGAUGAGCAUUUCUGCGUCUACACGUACAACACGACGGCCCGGGACGGCGAUGCGACGACGGCCAUGCUCGACUCGGUCACCAAGAUUGAGGAGAUUAUCAAGGAGCCGGGGGCAAAUACGCUUGUUCUGACCGACAAGGACGGCCAGGCCAAGUUCCGCAUCUCGGGCAAGUUCGCCUACUCAUCUCUCGACAGAACAUUUCGACGGGCGUUUGAGGGCGCUUGGUCGAGUCGCUGGAGCAUGGACAGAGACUACAGCGAGAUCAACUCGCAGAUGGCGAUGAACCUGUUUGAUCGCGGGACGGACGACGAUGAGGUUUACUCUGAGAUGACCGUGGUGAAGCGGGACGACAUGCUGUGGGCCAAUCUGGGCAAGAUGACAGGGACCAUUGCGCAGAGCGUGACGACGUACAUGCGCAACGCAGAGAAGACGAACGGUGAGGUCGAGGGCCAGGUACUCCAGACAGAGACGUUUGUCGUUGUGCGAUGGGCGUGGCUGGCGUUCCUGGCCGCGCAGAUGGGGUUGACGAUUGUGUUUGUGGUGGCUGUGGCGAUGCACACGGCGCGGCUAGGUGUGGACGUGGUCAAGAGUAACAAUCUCUCGGAGCUGUUUGCGCAGCGGGGAAGAGGGCGGGGAGAGGAGGAGGAGGAGGAUGAUGAGCAGCCGCUGCUGGGUAUCAAGACGCAGGUAGAUAAGUUGGUCCAGGGGCGCUUGGUCAGGACGAGCGAGGCGUGGGUGUUGGAUGUGCAGAGGGAUGAGGCGCCUGACGGGAAGCUGUGA